GAUGAGAUCCUCCGUUUACGUCGCUUGCUUUUUGGCUGCUUGUGCCAUGGCCACCCCUAUUGAGCAUGAACCCCGGAUGAUAGCGAAUCAGGUAUCGGGCCAGAACUCCCAAUCCCAAAGCAACACCCAGGCUGGGCCCGGUGGAAUUGCUCAGUCCCAAUCGUCGAGCCAAUCCUCAUACUCUGAAACCAAUGUUAUGCAGACUUUCCAGCCCGUUGUGAGCACUCUGAACACGCUCCAAGGCAUGAUGGGUAACGGCGGUUUGACCAUGCCGAUGGCCUCCCAAUACAUGGGCCAAAUUGCGGGUCAACUCCAGUCUGCCUUAUCGGCCGUUAACACGUGCAACUGUAUCGGAGGGUCCAACGUUUCGAGCAUGUUGACAAACAUGUUCAGCCAGCUCUACCAAGUCUUGACGGGCAUGCAGUCUACGUUUGGGGCCAACAGCAUGGGCAGCAUCUUGUCAAGCUUCGGACAACUCGCACCCACCAUGUCCCAAUUCACUCAACAGUCCCGUUCCGCGCAAUCCUUCUCCAGCAUCGCCCAAUCCCUCAACCCCAUGGUAUCAAUGCUCGCGCAAGCCAACCCAGCUUUCAACAACGUCUUGCCGUGA